GGCGAAAACGACACAUUUGGUUGCUGUUUUUCGACCAAGACUGAUCACGAUACACCAUGACUGGCCGUGGAAAGGGUGGAAAGGGAUUGGGAAAAGGAGGAGCAAAGCGUCAUAGGAAGGUUUUGCGUGAUAAUAUCCAAGGUAUCACCAAGCCAGCUAUACGUCGUCUUGCUCGUCGUGGUGGUGUGAAACGUAUUUCUGGAUUGAUCUACGAAGAAACGCGAGGUGUAUUGAAAGUUUUCUUGGAAAACGUUAUCCGAGAUGCGGUAACGUACACCGAGCAUGCUAAAAGAAAGACUGUGACAGCUAUGGAUGUCGUCUACGCUCUGAAGCGCCAAGGAAGAACUCUCUACGGUUUUGGUGGUUAAUUUGUGUAGUCAUCUCUGUAUUUUCAAACAAACGGCCCUUUUCAGGGCCAACAAAA